UCUUCCCACUCCCAUCUUUGCAUCCAGAUUCAUCGCCUCCUUCACUGCUAAUUCUUAAACUCUUCUCCUAUUAAACUGCAUUUCCUUAUUUUAUUAUAAAAAAUAAAAUCUAUUUUCGUUUUCCAUUUCUUCUACAGCGCGAUUUUUGGACCUCAGAUGGAAGUUUCUUCUUCGUCUACAAACUCUCGCCCUCGCCGUUCGUUCUUCCGCUACUGUCACUGUAGUUCUUUCAGGCGUUGUUGUCGCUGUUUCUGCUGCUUCUACUCCUAUCCCUAGGUGCCUAUCGAAUUCCUUUUCUUCAUCAUCAUUAUCUUCUUCUUCUUCUUCUGUUAUUAGGGUUUAUGGAUUUUCGCCACGCCCCAUCGGAUCUUUCUUUCCGGUUAAGUUCUCAUACCACAUCUUCGAUAUCUAGAAGUUCGACUGGUGACAAUUCCAGCUAUUUGUGCUCGACGGGUUCGAAUUCGUCGUAUCCAUCAGAAUUUCGUCACCAAAAGGAUGAGAAGUUCGAUUUGGUGAAGGGGGUUGUGGAUGAUGAUAGCGAGGACGAGAAGUUUAGCCUUCUAGGGCAACCCUUGCGUGUGAAGAGGCAGAGAGACGCUCAUUCAUUUCUUAAUCAGGAUUCUGCGAAACGGGCUGCGGUCGCGGAUGAAGCGAGCCUUGAGACGAGACGAGCUUUGGUUAGGGCAUGGGGGAAUCAGUCGAUUCGGAUUGCUGACCCGGAAAUUCAUAAUAUUAUGGCGAAGGAGAGGCAGAGACAAUGCAAGGGUAUUGAAUUAGUUGCUUCGGAAAAUUUUGUGUGCAGGGCUGUGAUGGAAGCCCUAGGCAGUCAUUUGACGAAUAAGUAUUCUGAGGGAAUGCCUGGCUCCAGAUACUAUACGGGUAAUCAGUACAUAGAUGAGAUUGAAUUGCUUUGUUGUGCGAGAGCGUUGGCCGCUUUUGAUCUUGAUCCUGAAAAAUGGGGCGUGAAUGUCCAACCUUACUCUUGUACAUCAGCAAAUUUUGCCGUGUAUACAGGUCUUUUGCUCCCAAAGGAUCGACUUAUGGGUUUGGAUUCAACAUCUGGAGGACAUCUUAGUCAUGGGUAUUAUUCUCCGGUUGGGAAAAAGAUUUCAGCGACUUCUAUAUUCUUUGAGAGUCUACCUUAUAGAGUGAACCCCCUAACUGGGUAUGUUGACUAUGAUAAGCUUGAGGAAAAGGCGCUCGAUUAUCGUCCGAAAAUACUCAUCUGUGGGGGAAGUUCGUAUCCACGCGAGUGGGAUUAUGCUAGGUGUAGGCAGAUUGCAGACAAAUGCGGAGCAGUUUUGAUGUGCGACAUGGCCCAUAUAAGCGGUCUUGUGGCAGCCAAGGAAUGUGCUAGUCCGUUUGAAUAUUGUGAUAUAGUUACUUCAACAACACACAAAAGUCUCCGAGGGCCCAGAGGAGGCAUUAUAUUUUUCAGGAGGGGUUUAAAAUCGAGGAAGCAAGGCGUGCUUUUAACUCAUGGAGAUGACACUGGUACUGGUACUUAUGAUUUUGAGGACAGGAUAAACUUUUCCGUUUUCCCGUCGUUACAAGGGGGUCCCCAUAAUAAUCAUAUUGCUGCCCUGGCCAUAGCGUUAAAGCAAGUAGCUUCUCCCGAGUACAAAGUAUAUAUUCGACAGGUGAAGAAAAAUGCGCAGGCUUUAGCAUCAGCUUUAUUGAGAAGAAAAUGCAGAUUGGUAACUAAUGGUACUGACAAUCAUUUGGUGCUGUGGGAUCUUACUCCUUUGGGACUAACAGCCAAAAAUUAUGAGAUGAUCUGUGAGGCAUGUCAUAUUACAGUGAACAAGUGUGCCAUCUAUGGUGACAAUGGAGCCAUUUCCCCCGGAGGAGUGAGGAUAGGCACUCCUGCAAUGACAACCAGAGGUUGUCUAGAGGCUGAUUUUGAGACGAUAGCUGAGAUUCUUCUUCAAGCAGCUCGGAUCACAAAAAUAGUCAUUCGUAGAGGAAAGCUUGGGAAGUUACAUAAAGAUAUCAUGAAGAAUUUACAGAACAACAACGAUAUUGUGGAGCUUCGGAACCGGGUUGAGGCCUUUGCUGCUUCAUUUGCAAUGCCAGGAUUUGAUAUAUGAAUGUAUGAGCCUCUUCCUUGCUUACACAACCCCUUCACUUGGUAACCCCAAAUACGAAUUCAUGCCUUUGUAAAUUAUAGGAAACUACUUAGUACUGCACAAAGAUCGAAGCUUGAUAUGUUUCAUUCCUAUUCAUGUAACUAGGUGGAUCUCAGGGUAUAAGAGGAAUUUUUCAAGUCAAAUAUCUCCCAUUUACACGGUUGUUGUGGUGUCUCUGGAAAAUUCAAACCACACACGAGCUGAUUAUUCUGUCGUGUUUGUUUGAUGCAAUGUAUACAAUAUACUGUUUUGUCGCGAUUUUUUUCCCCUUUUUUUUGUGUGUGUGUCAAGAGAGUGAACUUUAUCCUACGUAAAAGUUUGUUCGAUUGU